AUGGCGAGGCCUCUGGAGCAGGCGGUGGCUGCGAUCGUGUGCACCUUCCAGGAGUACGCGGGGCGCUGUGGGGACAAGCACAAGCUCUGCCAGGCUGAGCUCAAGGAGCUGCUGCAGAAGGAGCUGCCCACCUGGGUCCCGACGGAGCUGCGGGAGUGUGACUACAAUAAGUUCAUGAGUCUUCUGGACACCAACAAGGACUGCGAGGUGGACUUUGUGGAGUACGUGCGCUCCCUCGCCUGCCUCUGCACCUACUGCCAUGAAUACUUCAAGAACUGUUCCCCGGAGCCCCCCUGCUCCCAGUAG